CAAUCAUCUUCAAAAACAUUCCCGCAUACGCGUAUAGGUUAUUGACAGCUCCGAUACCCUUGGAACGAACAGGCUAAAGGAAGGGAGGUGGAUUGAUAUUGUUGGAGAGCCAGAAUUACGCCUUGACCAAGCGCGUGAGGAAUUGGAAAGAGAGCGUCCGGAACCAAAUUUAGUUUCACGAUGUGUCAGAGUGCUCAUUGACUAGUUAUAGAUCCCAAGAGCAUGAUAUCCUAGGGAUAGGCAGGCAUCCUAGGUUGACUGGAUUUGUGGUUUUCAGUCUGGCUUGAGUGAGCAUAGGCACUCUCGACUCGCAUGUUAAGAAAUGCUGAAUGCGUAGUAAUAUCCGUCGCGUAUUGGAGCGUCAAAUUGUUCGUCAAUCACACGCUUAAAAUUUACUAAAGAAUGCCUAAAGAUGAAGGGUUGAGAGAAAAACCUCUACAAUAGCUUCCGCAACCGGCAGUCACUUAUGGUUAAAGCUUUUAGCUAAGAACUUGGGACCACCGCAUACAACCUGAAAUUCAAUGAUCUGCUAAAUUUUUCGCGCCGGACCCCCCCUCGCUAGCUGCAUCCGAGUCGAGUUCGAAUACCAAUCUGUCAGUUCCUGAUUGGCCAAUUGUCAGAAUCUGUAACGGCGCAGGGGUGGGAAAUGCGUUGUCCAGUCAAGUCAGGCAGCCAAAUGAGGAAAAGAAAUAUAGGACAAAAUUUCUCACCUCGUGCUGGCAGCGGGUGAGGCUGUCAGUUCGUCCUCUGUGGAAGCCCUCUCCUUCCUCAUACUCACGAUACCAGCGUUCUCAUUGUAUUUUCGUGAUCUAGGUCAAAAUGUCGAGUCUGAAAUUUGCAAGGGGAUUGAUGCGAUUUCUCCCUCUCAUUGGGUAUCACCAUGUUUUGAUGUUUCUUUUACUUAUUCCUAUUCUAUUUCUAUCGGUUCUCGUUGCCGGCUGCUCGAACUCUACUCUCGCAAACGUUUAUUUGAUAUCGCUAUCAUACGCGGCGAAUAUCACCUCUUCGCCUCUACAAAAUGACCAUCCAAUGAAGCUUAAUCCAGAUAUGCCAGGGGUAUUCGCAAAUUUGACCACUGGAGUGCGAAACAAUGCAACUUCUUUUGAAAUAAGGACAGGAUAUCUAGGCCAUUGCAUGAAACAAAACUCAGGCCUCUGGAUCUGUGCUCGAGACAUAGAACCUCUUGCAAAUGUCAUCAGGGACCAAAAAGCAUCGAACAUUGACCCGUUGAAUCUGGUUUACAUGUCCAAGACGUUCAAAGAUCAGGUGAUAUUCAGUGGAUUAAUCUUUGCAUCCAUUCCAUGUCUAUUCAUCUGUUUUCUGCUUCUCUCCAGUUUCCCAAACUGGCACGCGGAUGUCAAUUCAGAGGAGAGCGAUGUUGAGAUUAAGCCAUUUCCCUCAAGGGUGGUGUCUCGUGUUGCGACUGGAUUUGUGGCACUCGCUUCGCUGUUAACCUUUGUAUCCGUAUUUUGGCAACAUAUAUCGAGUUCGGCGAGCGUUACGAUGCAUGAGGAGCUCUAUUAUGGGGUCGUCAAUUCGAGCACCGGAGUUGUUGCUAUGGUAUUUGGAUGGGGAGGGGUUCUUACUUCGUUUCUUGUUGUGAUUGGGUUGAUUCUCAUGAUUUUGAGUAUAUCGAUUUUACAAAAACUUAGCGAUGACUGAUUUGAUUUUAUCGCUCAUUUAUGCUGCUUCUUUUCGCUCCUACAAACUUGGAAUUAUACAGGCCUUUUAGGAAAGUGUGUUGGAGCUAAGGGAGGCCAUCUACUUUGGGAAAUGUUAGGCCAUGUUGAGUCUAUAAGAAUGUGAUCGGAAGUUACGCAUGGAAUUCUUCUGCUCUAUUCACUUUGAUCUGGAUUGUUCUAGCACUAAUAUUAAGAAUAAUCGGAAUUGGAAUCGCUCACGAAUGAUGUGAUGGAGAAUAAGGUUCGGUAUAUCCAGCGAACUGCAAGACCCAGUAUAGUCAAUAUAACAAGAAAUGUCGUCACAGCUGCCUUCAUUCCUG